AUGACCGCGCCAAACAGUGCCGCCGCAAGCAAGGACAACAAGGACAACAUGGACGACGAAAAACAAGGAUUCUCGCUACACACCCACCCAGCAGUGAUAUACUCUCACAAGCGUCUCCAGGAUCCCACACAAACCUCACAACUACAUACCGUCCACGUCUUUGAUUUCGACCAGACCCUCUUCCAAUCGCCCGCUCCCAAUGCUGCUAUUUGGGAUCCUUAUUUCUUUAGCAAGAUCAUGGCGUGGGAUGAGUGUGGGCCUGGGUGGUGGUUGACGAGGGGGACCUUAGACUUUAGUCCCGAGGUUGAAGCUACUGGAUGGGCGGGAUACUGGAAUGAGAAUCUUGUAUCGAAGGUGAGGGAGUCGGCAAAGGACCCAGGAUGCCUCACAAUCCUCCUCACCGGCCGUUACGGGCCCCUCUAUUCUGAUAUCCUCCUCCGCAUGUUUGCAUCCAAGCAACUGGAUUUCGAUCUCGUCGCCACCAAACCAGCCACCGUCUACCGUCUUCCUCCUUCUUCCAACCCCUCUUCCGCCGAUUCUUCUUCCAACCCCUCCUCCGCCGAUCCUUCCUCCGACCUCGACUCUGACCAGCCCAAUGACAGGGGAGAGGUGUAUGUCAAAUUACACACCUUCAGUACAAAACGCGAGUUUCUUUAUAACGUCCUCCUAGAGUAUCCGGGGAUCCGCAAGAUGAAGGUGUGGGAUGACAGACCGGGGCAGAUUGCGCAGUUCCGUCAGGCGGGUGAGAAGUGGAUCGAGCAGGGCAUGCUUGAUAGUGAGGCACAAGGAGGAGGUGGGUUUGAGAUUACGAGAGUCGAAUUGCCAUUGAAGACGAUGGAGCGGGAGAAGGAGGUGGCACUGGUAAAGAGGAUGGUUGAGGUUCAUAAUCGACAAGUAGAUCUUGAGGAUGCUGCUUUUGCGAGUGGGGGAAGGGAGGAGGUGAAGUAUUUGAUUUCGGGGGAGGGGGUUAUGCCGAGAAUUAGGCCCGAGUUGGAAGGUGUGAAGGAUAUGUGGGAUCCGUUUUGGGAGUUUGUUCCGAAGCGAAGGACGCGGAUUGAGAUGGCGGAAGUUGUGCAGUAUACUGGGGUUAUGUUCUCACCGAGUACUCAAGCGCUGUUGGAAAGGAUCGCUCUUGGUGGUGGUCGUCAUCAGGAACAAGGACAAGGACAAGGACAAGGGCAGGUUGGGGAAUUGGACGGAUGGACGAUCCAACCACCAGCGGCGUUACAGGACACAGACCUUUCCACAUGGACGCCCUCCCGCGAAUUCUACGUCUUCCUCUGCGCCCGAAAAGCCAAUGCCGAAUACCGCCAAAAGCUAGGCGGACUCGGGGCGACAGUGUUCGUUCUAGUCGAAGGAGUUGGACAAGUCGAGGGGCGGGCCUGGGCGCUCAAGGUGCGCGGUGUACACUCUCGAUGGUUGAAGGAAGGGUGUAAGGUCUUGGCGCCUGAUGGGAAGGUUUUUGAGUCCGUGAGCAAGUAUUUGGCGGCGCAUCCGGUGAAGAGGUUCGGGAAUGUGACAUUGAAGAAGCAUGGGUCGAAGCCGUAUAUUACUAUGGCGUUUGACCAGGCCCAGGGCGGGCGGGCGUCGGAUGCGUCAAGGAUCACGAAAUGGGAGUCCCUCCACGUUGACCUCGACUCUUCUACCAACGCGGCUACCACAUUCUCCACCAACUCCAUCGCUACAGCGCUCACAGGAGGCCAAAAGAUCGUCCUAGUAGGCACGAUUGGCGAGAAAGUGGUCCUAGGCAGCAAGAUCCCGAAAUUCGGGCAUUUCGCAACCAUCCCCCGCGCCGAGAUCCAGAUCCCGGCACUGAUCAAGAAGUAUGCUACCGAGAAGAAGCUGGAUAUAACGGGUCAUGAACUGGGCGAGACGUUGAAGACGAUUGAGAGUGAGAUGCGGAGGGUUGGGGUGGCGAAUAAGCAGAGUAAUCAUGAUGCGAUUUUCGAAAUUGUUUUGAGGGUUUGUGCGGGGUUGGGGUCUGGGACUGAUGCUGAUGCUGGAACUGGUGCUGGUGCUGACGCUGGAACUGGUGCUGGUGCGAACGCUUGA